GGCGAAAACCGACUGCGUUGGUGUCGCGACCGACUGACAACCAACCAGUUACUGACUCGCAUUCAACAGUCGACACUGUCGUCACGUCAAUCACACCAAAACACUCGCCGCAAACGAAGCCUCCACGCGUCAUACGUUCAGACACACAAACACACCGCAUUCAAGCACAGCACAUCAUGGAUGGUAUAUCUUCACACCUCACACAGCCACGAGGCAAACAAGAGGGAGCUUCACUUCAGCUCCUAGCAAAUGCACCUAACCGCCUCUCUCUCUCUCGUCGACUAAAAGUCCUCAACCAGCGACCCCGCUCUUGUUGAGGAAAUGAUGUGUCGGCCCGCAGAUGGAUAACCUCGGCUAUAGCCUGAUUAGUUUCUUCAACAGGUCAUGUGCCCACUGACCUCAGUUCGAACCCCGAUUAGCGCCCAUACAGGGUGAUACCUAGGGCCAAACCGGGCGGAAAACAAUCUCGUUGAGCAGCUGCGGAGGGGUCGCGAGUUCGAUUCCUGGAGGCAACACUGGGAACCUUGGAAAGGCAGAGGCGGAAAGGGGGGACCCUAGCUCUGCGGUCCGAAGGGGGGUGUUGAGGAAAUGAUGUGUCGGCCCGCAGAUGGAUAACCUCGGCUAUAGCCUGAUUGGUUUCUCAACAGCUCUCCUCGCUCUCCUGCUCGGCAUCUUCGGCAUUCUUGCCACAGGCGUGGGAAAAAAGCAGGCGGAACCGAACGGCAUCGUCUGCAACCGGGUAGACGUCUUCUGUCGGCGUACACAGCCGCUCAACGUCAUUUCUGCACCGCUCGUCGAGUGUGUGCACGAGGUCGGUGACGUCCUCGACACUGCCAAGCGCGUCGGUGCACAUCUCGCGAAGGAGGUCGCCUCGCACGCCUAGCUGGAUGGCCCGCCGCGGCAGCGUGUCGUUGGUGAAGGGCACGUGGUCGGGGUCCCAUUGCAUCACCACCGACGUCUCACCAAUCGCAGCCUUCCACGCCUCACGAGUGCCAUAGAUCUCCUGGUAAGACGAGUGCACCGCCUCGCCCAGUAGACGGUCGAAGAAACAGCGGCGCAGACGCAGCGCCAACACACGCUCCUGAUUUUUCUUGCUCGCCCAUCCGCAUCGGCACAUCAUCCAGGUGAAGUUGGUCUUGAUCCACGACAUGCGGUUGAAGCUGAACUUGUCGCCGCCGAACCGCUGGUGCUCGACGGCGUAGUCGGCGAUGAACGGGUUGUAUGCCUGGUAGACUGUCACGGUCUCGUCAUCGAACUGGGCAAGAAUGUGCUUCCCCUCUGCCGGCCAUUUCGAACGCUGCUCUGCAUAGGGGCUAAGCUGCAGCCGUGUCAUUGCCUGCGCCUCGGUAAGCAGCUCGGUCAUCGUGACUCCGCAACGAGGG